AGAUUGAGAACAUGGUGCAUGAGCUAAAGAAAGAAUUCAUGCAGGUCUUGCAGACUCUUACUGUCAUACAGGAUGACAACAUAGCAGUGAAGAAAAAGCUUGCAGACAUGUCACAGACGUUGGAGUCAGUGCAAAAAGACCAGAAUUAUAUAAGACACAUGCAGAUUGAUGAUGAGGAAUCCAGUAAGAAACAGAAAAACAUUUCAGACAUACAAUUACUGAAGAGGUAAACAGUGUUGGUUUUGGUUGAUGCGUUGUAUCUAUUCUGUGCAACCAUAACCCAUUGGUCAACCUCAGUACUUAAAAUCCAAUAUUAAAAUUUCCAGGUUUUGUUUUUGCAACUCACUUUCAUCUCUGCAAGUGUAUGUGCAUGUUAUUUUAUAAUAAAUAUAUUUAUUAGCAUCUUUUUUUAUCUUUAAUUGUAAAAAUGAAUGUUGGUGUUAACCCCCUCUCUUCUGGUGUACUACUUGUAUGCUCAUGAAAAUGUUGGUAACUAUGAAUACUUACUUAUGCCCGUUGUCCCUCAUGGGGCAUUGGCCCAUCAACAACCACUCUCCAACCACACUCCAGAGUCUUCUGUCCUGGGGCCUAAUUCACAAAGCUCUCUUAGGCUCUGUUAGACAACAAAGCAUCCUCUUUGCAAGUCUUUGUAGCAUUGCACUGCGAUAUCGCAAAGUGGCGAGAGUUUCGUUAAUUAGGCCCCUAGACUCUUGUUUCCAGCUAUCUCCAGGUAACUAUGAUAUGGGUAUGUUAUUUAUUAAAUUAUUUAACUGGUUUUUGUAUGUUUUUUGUUUGUUCAGUCUGAGAUGAGCUGUCUGUCGAGUCAGCUGGCUGCGUUCGUCCAGACACAGGAGAGUCUGGAGGAGAAGGUUCGUCUGCUGCAGGCCGAGAGAAACCUGCUGGUGGAGGAGCUCCUCAAGACCGGCGCCAUCUCGGAGAGAGUCAAACUUCAGCUGUCUGAUAUGAACGGGGCGACCUCUAACAGUGGGUCUCAAGGAGAAUCUGAUCAUCAGCUACAUCACAGCAGAGAACAGCAAGUGAAUGUAGCAGACAGUAGUGUGGAAGAUGGCAUCAUGGCCUCUGCCUGCAAGUGUCUCAAUCUGCUGCAGGCCCUGGAGGAGAAGUGUCUUCUGCCAGAGUUGCCAGACUCCAGUGAUGAGGAUGCAUUCCAGGAGUGGUCUCAGAGUCUUGAGCGCAGAGACUACAAAGAUGAGAAAUCUUGCACCCAGCAGAGCUUUCCUUCUCCAAACAGCAAUCCAACAGACGUCCAGAGGACUUCUGAUGCUGAAAGACAAGAGGCGGUUCAGGCCAUCAUAGACUCUGAGAAAGAGUACAUCUCAAGGCUGUGGUCCCUGCUGGACGGUUACCUGGGCCCGCUGCAAGAGGGUCACGUGAUCAGCACGUGGGAACUGAGCCUGCUGCUGCCCCCGUACCUGCAGCAGAUGUACGACCAGCACGGUCAGAUCCAGCACCUCCUACAGGAGCGGCUCCUCCACUGGAACUGGAGUGGAAUUGUCGGGGAUGUCCUGGCCAGAGUCACUGACACACAGAAAGUAGACAACUUGAUGAGCCUGUAUCAGAACUACCUGUCUGACUUCCCUGCCAUUGUCAGCUGCUUGAGGAGACAGCUUGCUCAGUCGAGGCAGUUCAGGAUGUUCAUUAAGGUAUGGCAAUAUUUGUCUUUGAAACAAGGCAUCCAUUUUAAAACAUUAUACACCAAAAUAAAACCAUUCCAGGACAUUCCAGCUUACUGUCUACAAAACUAAAUUUCACCAGUCUAAGAUCAUUAUCACAUUAUUUACUGGUUGUGACUGAUUGAAUAAAUAGGUUUGUGCAGAUUUUGACGUCUGCUUGGUGUCCAAAUGGCAAAGCAGUAUUUCUCUGAACUCUUGUUUUGAUUACAAAAUAAAGCAUACACCUUAACCUUUAGACUACUGGAUUAAUUUUUAACAAAAACCACGUUGAGUGGGUACAA